AUGAGUUUACUUAACAAGAAAGAACAAAUUUGUUUGAGUACUAUUGAACAAAGCAUACUUGCACAUGACUUCAAGAAUUGCAUGGCACUAUACAAGAAAUAUUUGUCUAUCAAGAAUGUAACCAAUUCAUCUUAUUCUUUACUUUCUUGAAAAACUUGAAACAUUCUUUGACAUUACUUUGUGCUCCAGCUAACCAACCUUAACAUAUAUAAUCAUGUCCCUAAAUUUGGUCCUGUUCGUCAACCUCAAGAACAACAUCAAUCUCAACUAUGUAUCCUGUUCAAACGGAUAACACAAACGAGUUACCUGUUUAUGAAGAUCAAGAACGCCCUGUAAGGAGGCACCACUCGGCUCGAUACUAUGCUCAUCAUAUUAAAGAGAGUCUAACUACUAGACUUUCCAAAUUAGUUUGUACAAUUUUCUUAACUCUUCUUGCAAUUGUUGGAAUUAUUGUAUUUAUUUUAUGGCUUGGUUUGCGCCCUCAUCGCCCAAGAAUUUUCAUACAUGACUUCUCAAUUCCAGCUAUAAGUCAGGGAAUUGGACCUGAAAGUGCCCAAAUAAACUUUAACGUAACAGCACGAAAUUCAAAUCAAGCUAUGGGGAUUUUUUAUGAUGCAAUGCAGGUGACAGCAACUUAUCAAGCAGAGAGUAUUGGGAAUUCCCAAUUGUUGACUCCAUUUUAUCAACUGCCCAAAAACACCACUGUUCUCGCUGGUACAUUUUCUGGCCCCAUGGUGACGGUGACCGGGACACAGUGGCUGCAAAUUCUCGAUGAUCGGUCUCGAGGAACUGUAGUUUUCCGGCUGGAAUUAACGGCGAGGAUUCGAUUUAAGAUACGGUCGUGGAAAAGUAAACAUCAUAAGAUGCAUGCUAAUUGUCCUGUUGGAGUAGGACGAGAUGGUCUGAUCUUGGCUGGUUACAUAGAUAAAAGGUGCCCAGAAUAUUUCAAUUAGGACAGUUCAAUUCAUGUUUUCUUCUCAUUGAAUUUUCGUUUUUGGUUUGUAUUUGGUAGUGAAAAGGAGUACAGUC